GAAAAAAGAAAAAUAGAAGGAUGGAAACGCACGUUAGAUGGUCGGCGUGAAAGCCGCUAGAAGCUCAUACCAUUUUCCGUUUGGAAUUUUUACUUUCCUUCCUCUCCAUUCUUCUUCUUCUUCUUCUUCUUUUUCGUCUCUGUAUUUUUAGCAUUUGGAUCCCUACUUCGCUACCAGGUCUGGUUCUGAAGAAUUGAAGAACAAUGAUUUGGGGGACUAUUCGCCGUAAAGUAGCUUCGUCUCAGGUGUUGGGACAAGCGUGGAAGGUUAGGCAUGGAGCGUCCACACCGAGCUGUUAUCGGACUGUACCAAAAGAGGCUUUGUUUAUUGGGAAAGGAUUUGAGUGUGUUCAGAGCUCAAGCUACCACAUUCUUUUAGGCGAUCAUGUUUCAAAGACAAGCAGGGAAGCUACUUCACUAUAUCAAACAGAAUCUUUUAUCCGAUUGAGAAAUAGAUCAUUUUCCUCAGACAGUGGAGACUUGGUAGAAGCAGUUGUUCCUUUCAUGGGUGAAUCUAUUACCGAUGGCACUUUGGCAACAUUCCUAAAGAAACCCGGUGACAAAGUUGCACUUGACGAGCCUAUAGCCCAAAUUGAAACUGAUAAGGUGACAAUUGAUGUAGUUAGUCCUCAAGCUGGUGUCAUUCAAAAGUUUGUGGCUAAGGAAGGUGAGACCGUUGAGCCAGGCUUCAAGAUUGCAAUCAUUUCAAAAUCAGGUGAAGGUAUAGAACAAGUUGCCCCGUCUGAUGCUCAGCCAGAACCUCCUAAAGAGAAGGAAAGUGCAGAAAAGCAAGUUCCCAAAGCAGAACCUGCUCCUGUCAAGGAGACAACGGCACAACCCAAAGCUAGAGCACCUUCACCACCAUCACCUAAACGUGUGGCUUCAGAACCCCAGCUUCCUCCUAAGGACAGGGAAAGACGAGUUCCUAUGACAAGACUUAGGAAGCGGGUGGCAACACGCUUGAAAGAUUCUCAGAAUACAUUUGCUUUGUUAACCACAUUUAACGAGGUUGACAUGACUAAUUUGAUGAAGCUCCGUUCAGACUAUAAGGACGCCUUUGUUGAAAAGCAUGGUGUGAAAUUGGGAUUUAUGUCCGGCUUUGUGAAAGCUGCUGUCAGUGCACUUGAGCACUUGCCCAUUGUCAAUGCUGUCAUUGAUGGGGAUGAUAUCAUAUACAGAGAUUACAUUGAUAUCAGCAUUGCUGUUGGGACACCAAAGGGCCUUGUUGUUCCAGUCGUCCGCAAUGCUGGUGGUAUGAACUUUGCUGAGAUAGAGAAGGAGAUCAAUACUCUGGCUAAGAAGGCAGCUGAUGGUUCCAUAUCAAUUGAUGAAAUGGCUGGAGGCACAUUCACAAUAUCAAAUGGUGGUGUAUAUGGAAGCCUUUUGAGCACACCAAUCAUCAACCCUCCGCAGUCAGCAAUUUUGGGUAUGCACUCAAUAGUGAACCGUCCCAUGGUUGUCGGGGGUAAUGUCGUACCAAGGCCAAUGAUGUACAUUGCAUUGACAUACGAUCACCGUCUCAUUGAUGGAAGAGAAGCUGUUCUUUUCUUGCGCCGUAUAAAAGAUGUCGUGGAAGACCCUCGCAGACUCCUCCUUGAUGUGUAAAGGAGCGACCGGUGAAUCCUGUUUUUGAACUAAAUGUAGAACGCAAUAUAUCCACCGUGUCUGCUCAUUCUGAAGCCGAUAUGGUUUUGGCAAAGUGUGUUUGUCCAUGUUUUUGUUAUAUUGGAGAGUUGGAAAUACUCUACAGGACAGGGUGAUCGAUGAUCCAAAAAUAUAAUUUCUCUUGCGCCACAGUUAGUUACUUUGGCUUCGUUGACUGGGAUUUUAAUAAAAAGUUCAUUAUAUUAA